AUGCCGAGACCCGAAGAGCUGCAUUUCGGCUGCCGGUUCAGCGCUCCGGCUUUCCCAAGAGUCCUGGCAGGCCGUCUACGCUCGUGGGACGUGCUUCCUCCAGAGUGGAGACCUUCCACGGGCGGAACAGGACCUUGCAGAAGCCUGGCGACUCCGGGCAACGAUGCCAGAGUCCGAAAGAGAGGUUCUGUGGGCCCGCAUUGA